UCCACUCAUGCCCUGAUGCGAGGCGAGAUGGUCCUGCAGAAACGAGUGGCGCCGGCUGAGCGACGCCUCGCUGCGGCGAUCUUCAUCAACAUCAUCGUCUCCGCCGAGGUCGGCGCCGGCCAGCGGCGCCGGCUUGAGCGGGGACCAGCAGUGGGCCUGCCGACGGGCCCACCGCUUCCCCUUGCGCAGGCACAGAAUUUUCGCGGCCGGACAAAAACGACACCCUCACAACAACUCGCGCGUCGCACCACAACUGGCUGAGCCUCCUCGGAUUCCUCGAGCUGGCCAGCCGCGGAGGGGAAGUAGUGCGGAGACGACCUGCGGCCCCUUCCCCUCCGGCACCUUUCUUCCUCGCCGAGCUUCUUUUCGUCUCCUCUUCUCACACGUGACCGGCAGACAGGAUGAUGAACAUUCAGGAAAAGAUCGCCAACGUGGACAAGGAGGCGCUGCGCAGGGACGGACUGACCCUGUUCUCCAAACUGAUCCGCACGAAAAACGUCGCGUCGCUGCAAGAAACGGCCGAAACUCGACCAACGCCGCAAUCGGCAGGCAAACCCAAAUUACAGAAAUGCCUUGACACAUUAGACCUGACGUCGUUGGGCGUCGGGAGCUGCGUAGGCACAGGAAUGUAUUUAGUCGCUGGAAUGGUAGCUAGGAAUGUAGCGGGGCCUGGUGUCGUCAUUUCCUUCAUCAUCGCCGCCGUAGCUUCAAUAUUUUCAGGUGCUUGUUACGCCGAGUUCGGAGUUCGGGUUCCAAACACGACUGGGUCGGCGUACAUGUACAGCUACGUGACCGUGGGCGAGUUCCUCGCGUUCGUCAUUGGCUGGAACAUGGUCCUCGAGUACUUGAUCGGCACGUCGGCGUGCGCGUGUGCGCUCAGCGCGUGCUUCGACGCGCUCGCCAACGGCGCCAUCAGCUCUGCGAUAGGAAACAGCAUCGGCACCAUAUUCGGUCGACCGCCUGAUUUCCUCGCCUUUAUCAUCACGCUCGUCAUGAUGGUGAUCAUGGCUGCCGGCGUGAAGAAGUCUCUAAUUUUCAAUAACAUCCUGAAUGUUAUCAACCUGGCUGUGUGGGUAUUCAUCAUGACUGCCGGACUGUUUUAUGUUGAUUCCAAGAACUGGACGGAACACAAAGGAUUCCUCCCGUACGGUUGGUCAGGGGUACUGACCGGGGCAGCAACCUGUUUCUACGCCUUCAUCGGCUUCGACAUCAUCGCCACGACCGGCGAGGAGGCCACCAAUCCCAAGAAAUCGAUUCCCUACGCCAUCGUGACUAGCCUAGUCAUUAUCCUCGCGGCUUACGUCACCUCGUCCAUGAUGCUGACACUUAUCGUUCCGUACGAUGAGGUGGAUCAAGAAUCGGCUCUGGUUGAGAUGUUCGGCCAAGUGGGCGCGUACAAGUGCAAAGUGGUGGUGGCGAUAGGUGCCUUGGCAGGGCUGACCGUGUCCAUGUUCGGCUCCAUGUUCCCCAUGCCGAGGAUCGUCUACGCCAUGGCCAAAGACGGGCUCAUUUUCCGCGAUCUGUCGCGAGUGCUUCCUUUCACCGGCACACCAGUGCUGGCCACGUUGUGUUCGGGUCUGGCCGCGUCGGUGGCCGCCCUGGUCAUUCAACUCGAGGUGCUCGUCGAGAUGAUGUCCAUCGGCACCCUGUUGGCGUACACCCUGGUGUCGACGUGCGUGCUCAUCCUGCGGUACCAGCCGCACACGACCAACCUGAUCGACCUGCUGCCCGAGGCCCUGCGCACGCCCAUGCGCCGCUCCCCCUCCAAGGACGUGGCCAACGGCCAGGUCCUCUACGGCGACCAGCUCAGGCCCGACGACCUCAAGAGCGCCCUCGAGGUCGGCCCCGGCAGCCACCAGCCCAUGAUGUCCGGAUUCAUGAUCGGACAUGCGAGCCAGGCGAUGGGCACAAACCAGAAGGUGCUGGUGCGUCGCGUGACGCGCGGUUCUCCGGACAGCGACGACACGUUUCCCGAGAACGACUACGAGGGUGACGAGUACCUGGUGUCGGACCGUUGCGAGAAUAAGUUCUACGGGUCGCUGCCAGGAGGCGGCGUGGGCGGCCAGACGGCGGCCACGGGCAUGGUGGGCGGGCUGGCGGCCAACAUCGGCGACGCGGUGGGGGCGGCGCCCGGCGCGCAGGCCCUCGGCGGCUUCCUGAGCGGCGCCAGGCGGCGCCUCGUGCAGGCCCUGAGCUACGUGUGCCCGGGCAUGUUCCCGUGGGUGGACCAGGGCCCGGCCACCGAGGAGUCGGGCAUGUUCGUCAUGAAGAUGGUCGGACUUUUCUACUUGUUGGUCAUUGUGUUUGACUUGAUUGUGGUGGUCGGCGUGGCCAGUGGCGGCGGCGGAUGGACUGGAUUCUUCCUCUUAGUGUUUUUCUGUGCCAUCCUCGCGGUCCUCCUCCUUAUUUCUCGCAAACCACAAAACAAAAAAGUUCUCAUGUUCACCACACCUGGCUUGCCCUUCGUGCCGGCCAUCGCAGUCACUGUGAAUAUCUACCUCAUUUUCAAGCUCUCCAUUCUGACAUUAGUGCGUUUCACCAUCUGGAUGUCUAUAGGCUUUAUCGUGUACUUCAAGUAUGGAAUCAAGAACAGCACGCUGCAGAAAGAGCAGGACGAGCAAGACGGCGUGUGCGGCGAAGACUCGAUGCACAACAUCGAAUUGUCCGUGACUAAGCCGCAGCCGCCUCGGACGGCGACGGCCAAGCCGACGCGGACGACGGACCCGCCCCCAACGUCGGCGGCGCCCUACUACGCCCCCGAAGGCGGCAUCAACAACAUGGGCAUGGUGCUGGACGAGUCGCAGUUCCCCUCGUGGGACGACUAAAUCGUGGAGAGAAAAAAACAUCAACAAUCAACUGACGAGGAAGUAGAAAGAAAUAAAAAUGUUGUUAAGGAAACUCCCCCUAUACCCCUCAGUAUAGCUGUGUGUAGAUAAUUAGACGAGAAUUAUACUGCGAAUGUAGAGAAUCGAAUUAAGAAGUUGUUAAGGAGAAAAACCUUUGAAACCCCAGAACGACUCAUGUGCGACUCAGAUUUUAGUUAUAUUGAAAUAGGAAACGUUACCAAUUUUUGUCAAGUAUAAUUCAUAAAUCAGCAAAUUAAUUAAAUACUUCAUUAAGGUCAUCCCUUGAAUUAAUGAAAUUGUUCAUAAAUCUAUUUGUUAAUAAUUUAAAGAGCUUAAUUUUAAAUUAUUAGUUCUCUAUGAAUUUCCUGAACAAUUUAAAAAGUUUUUUAUUUGAAACUUGAAACAUGUAAUUUUAAGGUGUGUUUCAAAUGAAGUAAAAAAUUAUUUAAAUUAAUAAGGAAAAUAUUAAAAUAUCGUUCCAUUUUCCUUUUACAAAAAAUAUAUUACUUGGAGUUGUUAAAUAUGUUGAAAAAAGUAUUAUCAUCAACCAUAUUUUCACUAAUUUUCAGAAAGUUUUUUCUUCAUUUAAACUCCCUCAAAAGUAGUUUUGCAGGUUUUAUUUAUUUUAAAAAUUUGGAAAGCUCUAUUAAUUCAAGGGGUGGAAUUUAAGAUGAAAUCAUCACGUUCCCCUGCAAUUUUGUUCACAUUUGAUUGAAGAUUGGUGGCGUUUUCAAUUGUUAGUUAUAUUUAGAGGUUGAUUCGCGAAUAUCUGUGUGAGAAUUUGCAAAUAUUUUAAAAGACUUAAUUGAGUUAGGCGCCAAUGAUCUCUAAAAUACACGUGUAAGGUUUAAGGCUUAAAAAAACUACUGUACUAACCAAUCAUAUCAGAUAUCUCUGCGGGACAGGCGUGAGUUUAGUUAAAAAAAAAUAUCAGAAAUGUAUAACUGAAUUUAUCUCACUUUAGUAUAUAAAAACGAAAUGUGCGAAUCAAAUGAAGAAAUGCCAAAUUUUCAUUAGCACACGUCAACGAACGUUUGUGGAAGCAAAUUUUACUUGAAUUGCAUCAAUUUACAAAUGUCGUUUUUUAUGAAUAGAAAAUUCGUCGUUGUUUCAAAGAAUGAAUGAGAUUAGUAGAAAAAUGCACUCAAUACUUUUGUUAGAAACCGCAGGUCUCGCAGGGAAAUCCAAUCUCCUCCAAAGCACUACUCAAAAUACACACACUCAGUUUGACUUGCAUAAAUAUACUUCUAAAGAGACGAGCAGACAAGAAAAAAUCUAAACAAAAAUUGGAGAUCAUUCGGAGAAGUUUAGUUUCGGGCCGAGCAAAAAAGAGGAAAAAACAAAUUUUUGAAACUCUAUAUUAUAUAUUUUGAUAACAUUUAAUUGUAAAGAUAUAAAACUUUUUAUUACAUUCCCUGGGAAAAACAAAAGAUGAGAGAUCGUUUGCUGGAUAUGUAAAAAAAGUACUAAUUUCUGCGGAAGUAAUAACGGUGAUAUUUACAAAAUAACGUGUUGAAUUUAAUGAUAUAAAAGCAGUGAUUCUCGGUGUUUUGUAAAUACGUGUGAAAGACAUAAUUAGCGCAAAAAUAGUGGUCGUUGGGAUGAAUGCUGUUGAUCUGCCCCUUGUUGCAAACAUCCACAAAUAUAUAAAAAUACGUGUUUGUGAUCGUUACAAGUUUACAUUAAAUAAUAAUAAUGAAUGUUCACGUAUCAACAAAAAGUUUUGCCACUCCAGCCCACGAUGAAAUGCGGACCGGAGUGGCAAAAAUCGGAAACAACACAUUCCACACGGAACUUCCUUGCAUUCAUCAAUGUCGGUUUCAUCGUCUCAUCGUAGGAAAAACACUUAAAUUAAAAUCCUCAGGCGGCUAUAAAUGUUCUCCCCACUGUUGUGCAUGUUUUUGUCUGUUGUACGAACUGCAAAUCCGUUCCAUUUCGAAAAGAAAUUCUCAAGGUUUUUUCCAAAAUGAGACUGGUCCUUACAGACUCGAUAUUGUUCCAUUAUUUCUUCAAAAUCUAUACCUAAAAUACCAAUCAAAGAUUUGACUUCUUUCGAUAAUAAUAAUAAUUCUCAUGUGUCUGCUGUUUUUCGAUCAGGGUAUUUUCGACUUUCUCUCUUCUGAAUGUGCCUAUACAUGUGAUUUCCUUGUUAAAUGUUGCAGAAAUUUACAAAGUCCGAGGUUUGAAUAACUUUUCGGACUUUGCAAAGAUUUCCCCCCGAAAAUAUGAACUUGAUUAUAAAUACACACGAAAUUAAUCGCGUAAAAUAAUAUCGAACUCUUUAAUUCUCUCUCUUUACUCGAAUUGAAUCAUCAGAGUACUCGUCGGUGUUGUCGUUCAAGUCCAAUUACAUGUGCGUGUGUGAGGAUUAAAAAAAAAAACUAUAUCAACAACUGCAUUAUUUGCAAAGUUCAUGAAUAAAAAAUAUAUAAAAUAUAUACCACUAUCAAUGUUGUUUA